GAGGAAGAAGAUGUAUUUCAUGUUAACAGCGUGUGCAAUUACUAUUAAGCAGAAUGGCGAGCUCAGGCACCAAGGAUAUCUCCUAUGAGGAUCUGAAAGCGCUCCUGGGAAAGAGCGAGAAUCUCUUUCUGGUGGAUGUUCGUUCUAAGGAGGAAGUGGAUAAAGGACGUAUUCAAGGAUCCGUUCACAUUCCACUUGAUACAGUAGAUGCUGCUCUUGCAAUGGAGCCAGAACAAUUCAAGGCCAAGUAUGGAGUAACCAAGCCACCGUUGGAUGCGCCAGAGCUGGUGUUUCACUGCCAGAUGGGCCGGCGAGGGGGAGCUGCCACAACCAAGGCUCAUGAACUUGGAUACGUGAGUGCACGUAAUUAUGCCGGAGGAUACAAGGAGUGGUCCACGAAAGAGGGAAAGUGAUUUGUGUUGAAGGAAAGCUUCAUAUAUAUUUAAAUAGCAACUGCAAAACCAAACAAAAUAUUUUUAUUCUGUUUUGUUUUCAUACUUUACGUCAUUGUAUUUAAUAUAUAUGAAUAGAUACAAAUAAAAUAAAUUAUGUUAUCUACUCAGAUUACGUGUUUUAUUUUAGAGAACUGAAUAUAAACUGGAGAAAAGAGAAAAAGAUUUACACAGUGGUGGCAUCAAAUGUUGUACAAAAAGACAGUAUACAUUAAUAAAAAAUCAGCUAAGGAAGAUUACAAACUCAAGAAAAAAUUUGAGUGGGCCUUCGGUAAAUAUCAUGUCCUCAGUAAUUCAUGUUAUGAAAAUAUAUUGAAUAUGAAAAUAUAAAGCACUAAAAACUGCAGGUUUUGCUUCAUUCUUUCGCAGCCAAGAAGUUUAUUCGAUUUGAUUAACCGUCUGGUAUUUUUGCAGGGGGUUUUCUUCAGAUCAUUUUCAUAUAUUUUAUUU